CGGAGGACCAGGAAGUCCGCCAGCUACGCGCCGGCCGGGACCCGGCGGCGCCCGCACAAAGUUCGCAGAAGCAAGAGAACGCUCGGGGGGCGCCCGGCGCGGCGAAGACCAACGCUGAGACCAGGGAGGUCUGCAGACGCGCCCCAGCUGUGCGCCUGGUCGCCGGGUGCCCGGCGGGCCCGCGCCAGGUGUGGCAGCCCCGCCGUGCGCCCCGGCCCGAGCCAUGCGCCCGGGGGGCGUGCGCAGCUUCGCGCUGGAGCUGGCCCGGGACCCGGGCGGCGCGUACCGCGGUGGGGAGCGCCUGUGCGGCCGGGUGCUGCUGGAGACGGCGUCGCCGCUGCGGGUGACAGCUCUCGAGGUGGCGGCGCGCGGCGGGGCGGUCACCCACUGGCUCGAGGGCCGAAGCGUGGGUGUAAAUGCGGUGUCCAGCGACUACGCGGCCGCCGAGACAUACCUGCGGCGGCGGCAGCUGCUGCUCCGAGACACCGGAGAGAUGACAACGCUGCCUCCUGGACGCCAUGAGUUCCCAUUCAGCUUCCAGCUGCCACCAACGCUAGUGACUUCAUUUGAAGGCAAACAUGGCAGCGUCCGAUACUGCAUCAAAGCCACCCUGCACCGGCCCUGGGUCCCUGCCCGCCGGGCAAGGAAGGUGUUUACUGUUAUCGAGCCUGUGGACAUCAACACACCGGCUCUGCUGGCCCCUCAAGCGGGAGCUCGGGAGAAGAUCGCCCGAUCCUGGUACAGUAACCGUGGCCUUGUCUCCCUCUCAGCCAAGAUCGACCGCAAGGGCUAUACACCAGGUGAGGUGAUCCCCGUCUUCGCCGAGAUUGACAACGGCUCCACGCGCCCAGUGCUGCCACGGGCGGCCGUGGUCCAGACACAGACCUUCAUGGCGCGAGGUGCCCGCAAACAGAAACGAGCAGUGGUGGCUAGUCUCUCAGGGGAGCCUGUGGGCCCCGGGCGGCGGGCACUGUGGCAGGGCCGGGCGCUGCGGAUCCCUCCUGUGGGUCCUUCUAUUCUGCACUGCCGCGUGCUACAUGUGGACUACACCCUCAAGGUAGAGUAUCCUCGGGGGCUGGGAUGGCUGCGUCUGCUCUGUCCUCCAGGCUGGGGGUCCCCCCGCCCCCCAUCAAGCCCUCCUGUAGAAGGAGGGUGUGGCCGAGGCUGCCUGGGCACCCUCUGUCAUGGCUCCUUCCUCCAGGUCUGUGUGGACAUCCCAGGCUCAUCCAAGCUGCUCUUGGAGCUGCCGCUGGUCAUCGGCACCAUCCCUCUGCAUCCUUUUGGCAGCCGCUCGUCCAGCGUGGGCAGCCAUGCCAGCUUCCUGCUGGACUGGGGACUGGGGGUCCUGCCAGAGCGACCUGAAGCACCUCCCGAGUACUCAGAUGUGGUGGCCGACGAGGAGGUGGCAGCCAUGGAGCAGAGCCCCUUCCGACUACUGCAGGACCCUGACAUGGGUGUUGAAGGCCCCUUCUUUGCCUACAUCCAGGAGUUCCGCUACCACCCGCCACCCCUGUACUCCGAGGAGGAUCCAAACCCACCCUCAGAGGCCAUGAGGCCCCGCUGCAUGACCUGCUGAGUGGCAAGUGGAAACUUCAAGGGAUGAGGCUGUACACGUGCUUCCAGCCAGCGUGGACAUGAGUGAGGAGUGGCUGGAUCGAGAGCAGACCAGCCUGACUGCGCUGAAGUUGGGGAAACCGAGUCUCAGAACGGGGCAGGGCCAUUCCAACAUCACACAGAGCAGAGGAAGAGCCAGUCUGGAGUCUGACAUAUCUGGACUGGUUCUCAUAAGGUAUCAAAUGCCCACCAUAAGAUCCGAGAGACUGUUCAACUUGUCUGUGCCAGCCUGUGGUCCCCCAGAAGCCUCCAGUCUGGGAGAGACAGAGCCAGACAUAAAUACUUCCAGGCCCACAGGACCAGAGGAAGGGACCAAGAGCUGGGAGAGUCCAAAGGGGGAGCAGGAAGGCUUCCUGGAGGGAAGGGCAUUUUAGCUGAGGCUUUGGUGCAUGAAUAAGAGCUCGGAGGGCAGGCAAGCAAGCGGAAGGAAAAGUCGAAGAAGGUCAGAGCUGAGUGAUGUUUGGAGACUGCCCCCUUCAUCUUAGAACUGGGGCUCAGAGAGCAAGUGCCUCAGUCGAGGCCACACUGCAAGGUCCGGCAGGCGAGAGGGCCCAGGAAUGAGGCAUUCAGGGAAGCAGGUCAUCAGAGCUGUGUGGGGCAACAGGGCAACAGGGGCAGCGACUCCAGCCUUUGAAACCUUUGAAAGCCAGAGAUUCCUGGCCCAGGCUAGUCUGCCUGGGGGCCCCUCCACACACUCCAGGACGUGAGAGCUGCCUGGGUAUUGUAUGGCCCGAGAAACCCAGGUUCAGAGUGGGACAGACAAGACCGGCUCCAUCACUUGCAAAAUGAAGACGUGGGGCCCCUUGUUCAAGAAUUCAGAAUUUCAAGACGGUGACAACAGAACAUUAAACCAGGCUGCAGGGACAGAGGUCAGCCUGGGGUGACACAGCAGGGCCAGUGUGCUUCUUCUGGGCACCCCCUGUGUCCUGGAGGGACAAAACAAUGGGGCAGCUGGACAAGCCCCCAAGUGCAGAGUCCCAGCCCGGGCUGAGGCAGGACCCUCACCUGGGACUCUACAUUUCCGUUAAGCCUUAAAUUGUUCUCUUUUGUACAGUUAUUUUUUAAAAAUAAAAGCACGGAGGAAGA